GACUUUAACGUGUUAGGAACGUUUGCCUUCGAGCAAAGACAAACGAGACGUGGAAAUUUUAAAAUUAGAAAUCAAACGAACGCGUACCGCAAACGACUUGGAUUAUUUCCGAACGUUUUCGAGCACUUCAAGAAAUAUAUUUUCGAAAUUUAACAAAAACGAAAAAAGUGCAAGUGUUUAAAAAUAACAACAAACAAUGUCUUAGCGACAAAGUGUAAAAACAAGAAGAAGAAGAACAAGUGUUUAAAGCAAAAGAAUAAAAUUAAUUACAACAAAAAGAACUUUUGUGCAAUCAACGAACAAUUUGGAUUAAUAAACAACAACAACAAAUACAAAAACAUUUAAAAACUGGCACAACACAACGCUUGUGCAACCAAGCUGCAGUCCUUGCCACAAUUUGUUAACACACGCAAACUCAAAAUUCGCGCACCCACAAUGCAUUUACCGGCUGGUCCCACAAUGGUCGCUGCGCCCGCGCAACUCGCCAACGGUCCAGCGCCACCCAGCGCGGCCGCUCACACCAACAGCGGCGCCCCCACACAUGUGCCCAGCUCGGCCAGUUCGACGGGCUCCUCCACACCGGAUAACAGCAAUAACAACAAUAACAACAGCACAUCCGCCAAAUUACCACCUUCCAUGACAGAUAUGUUCGCCAGCCUGCACGAAAUGUUACAAGAAUAUCACGGUGAAUUGGCACAAACCGGCUCCCCAUCGAUCCUCUGCAGCGCUUUGCCCAACCACUGGCGCUCCAACAAGUCGCUGCCAGGCGCCUUCAAAGUGAUUGCUUUGGAUGAUGUGCCCGACGGCACAUUGGUGACCAUCAAAUGCGGCAAUGACGAGAACUACUGCGGCGAAUUGCGUAAUUGCACCGCUAUAAUGAAGAAUCAAGUGGCGAAAUUCAAUGAUCUGCGUUUUGUCGGACGUUCGGGACGUGGCAAAUCAUUCACACUGACCAUCACAAUUGCCACAUACCCUGUGCAGAUUGCGAGCUACACGAAGGCGAUCAAAGUGACCGUGGACGGACCGCGGGAACCAAGAAGUAAGCAAAGUUAUGGCUACCCACAUCCCGGCGCUUUCAAUCCUUUCAUGUUAAAUCCCGCUUGGCUCGAUGCCGCCUACAUGACAUACGGCUAUGCGGAUUACUUCCGCCAUCAGGCCGCGCUACACCACCCCGCCUUAAAGGGCUCACCUACAUUACAACAAAACGGUAACUCGGGCGCCACCGUCGUACCACCACCACCACCACAAGGCCCCACCGCCGUCAACGACUUCCACUCCGCGCAACUGACACCACCACCAGUUAGCGCGCCCACAAAUCCCGCACUCGGCAUGAUACCCUCACCGCCCGGCUCCUCAUAUGGCGUUGGCAUGCCACAAUUCCCCUUCAAUCCUGUGACCGCCGCCGCAUUCCAUCCAUACAACCUCGCCGCCGCCGGUCUGCGUGUGCCCAGCCACAAUUUGCACAAUACAUCUAUCGGCAGUUCGCACGGCUCCACAGAACACAUCAGCCCCGUGCACAUAAGCCCCGCUUCGUCGCGUCCCUCCUCGUCCUCACCACCCGCACACGCACACAACACCAGCACCACCAGCAGUCACAACAAAGCCAACACAUCGCUCGAGCAAUCACUAUCCGAUGCCGAUCCCGAUAUCGAUUCGGAUGAUGAGCAAAUCGAUGUGGUGAAAUCUGCUUUUGUGCCCAUACUACGUCCACCAAUUGUGCCGCGCUCGCUGCCCUCCGCCAUGGAGGAAUUGGAGAAGGCAUCGCAACAGAAGUCACCACGCAUGCGUUGCGAGCUGAAAGCACCAUCCGCAAUGAAGACGCAAACCCGUCAAGUUUCGCCCGACAUCACAGCAGCCACCAAGUUGAAGGCGGCAGUGAAUGCCACCAAAACCGUCUGGCGUCCCUACUGAAACACUACGCACUCCGCCGUCGGAGUUGUUCUGCAAACAAUAUGGAAAGCAGCACGCAGCAGCGGUACCACGCAUUGAGCAGAGUUGACACUCUGCUUUGGUGGUGCAGCAACGGCUGUGGCGAAACUGAAGACGCGCCGCCACUUGUCGCCACUUGGCAGUGGUAGGCAUACGAAAAUGCCGACGGCAAAUGCGACGUGAACGCAAACGUUGGACGUGGUUGAUGAUGUGAGAUCUCUCUAAGGCUCCAGCGCUCCAGCUUUACCACACACGCACCUCUCCCCGCACGCACUUGUGAUAAAGUUUUAAUAUGAUUUUUCAUGAUUUUCAUGACUCGUUUUGGAGCAGCAGUGGAGUAUAGUUGAAAUAAUUUGUGAUAUAGUGUUAAGUUUUUUGAAAUGUGGUGAAAUGACGAAAACAUGCCAUUGUGG